UUGAAAUAGACAAACAGCUGUAUAAUUGGAUUUCGCGUGGUUGUGAGAAGGAAAAGUUAAUAUAUUGUCUGUUUACGUACAAGCAUUAAACAGCAAUGUUCGCGAAAGAAACAAUCGGAGAAGAUGAAGACGGUAAGGCUGAAUCUUUUGGCAACCAGACACAGUUUCCUUCGACGGGAAGAAGGCCCCGGACAAGUUCCUUGCUUCAAAGACUUGGAGAAGAAAGUGAUACCCCCUACCCAGUUGAACAAUAUUCAAUCCCAGUCGACGAGACUGAAAUAAAAGAUCAUCGACAAGUGUACGUGGGUGUUCACAUACCAAUCAAACCGUCGCGAGCACGUCGAAAUCAUCACCGCAGCCAUCACUACCCGUCCGUGAGCAAGAAUAAACCAGGAAGAAGCAACUCUACAAAAAACAAACCACAAAAUGGAGCAGUUGGUCACCAGGCCCCAGCUGACAGAGUUCGAUUCAUUCUUGGAGGUGAUGACAAUGAUGUUGAACGUCAGAUCUUUACGGAAAUGGAUGAAUUGUGUUGUGAUGCAGCUGGAGAAGAAGAGUGGAAGGAGACAGCGAGAUGGCUGAAAUUUGAAGAAGAUGUUGAAGAAGGUGGCAAUCGAUGGAGUAAACCUCACGUGGCCACUUUAUCCCUGUAUAGUUUGUUCGAAUUGCGAAGUUGCGUUCUUAAUGGAACUGUGUUGCUUGACUUGAAUGCAACUACAAUAUCUCAAAUAGCAGAUAUUGUUCUUGAUGAUUUGGUCGCUACGAGGCAGCUUGAUGUAUGCUUACGACCUCGAGUAAGAGAUAUUUUGUUAAAGAAACACAGACAUUUGUAUGAAAGAAGAAAAAGCACACAAAAAAGGAAGACUGGUCUUCCAUCAUUAAGAGGAACAAGGAAAUCUAGUGCUACACUAAGCAAUAUGGAUAAAGCUGAUAACCUUGCAAAAUCCUCUUCAGCAUCACGCUUGCAAGAUCUGGAAAAAUCUGAUUCGAAUUUCCAAAAUUUACCAACCGCUGUGUCGUUGAUUGCGCAAGACCUUGCAAAUGACGAUGUUUCUAAUGACUCUGAUCCAGAAUGUUCGAGGUAUGAUGCAAAUUUUAUGAAAAAGAUCCCUCAAGGAGCCGAGGGCUCUAUGGUUCUCGUGGGAGAAACAGACUUUCUUAGCAAACCAAUGAAUGCAUUUGUUCGUCUGGAAGAUGCUGUAAUUCUUGGCGAUAUCAUGGAGGUUCCUUUACCAACGCGAUUCUUGUUCUUCAUGCUUGGACCAUCUGGACAGCCAGGACGUUACCAUGAAGUGGGAAGAGCGAUUGCUACACUCAUGGCUGAUGAGGUAUUUCAUGAUGUUGCUUUCAAAGCUACAUGUCGUGAGGACAUCACCGCUGGUAUUGACGAAUUUCUUCAACAGGUAACAGUGUUGCCACCCGGGGAAUGGGACCCAUCUAUCCGUAUAGAACCUCCGGCAACAGUUCCCUCACAGGAAAACCGCCGUGUUCAACAGUAUACAAGUGAUGGUGGCAGACAAGGCCGGGAAAAUAGUCUUGGGGCAAAAGGAGGUGGGGUUAAUGGUGGAGGGGGAGAUGAAAGUGGUGAUGACAGAAAUAAUGAACUGAUUAGAACUGGAAGGUUUGGAGGUGGACUGAUUAUGGACAUUAAAAGAAGAAUAAAAUGCUACAAAUCGGAUUUCGUUGAUGCGUUAAACAGCCAGUGUUUAGCGAGUGUGCUGUUCAUUUACUUUGCUUGUUUAGCUCCAAUUGUCACCUUUGGCGGUGUUAUGGAGACCAAGACGAAUCGCAAUAUGGGUGCCAUGGAACAACUAUUAGCCGCUUCAAUCGGUGGCGUUCUGUUCUCACUUUUCUCUGGCCAACCCCUUACAAUACUUGGCGCCACUGGUCCAAUGCUAGUAUUUGAGGAGAUACUGUACAAUUUUUGCGACAAAGCGGAAUUGGAUUACAUGCCAUUUCGUUUAUGGAUUGGUUUGUGGACCACUUUCUAUUGUCUGGUCCUGGUGGUCACUGACUGCAGUGCACUGGUUCGAUAUUUCACUCGAUUUACUGAGGAAUCGUUUGCCACUCUCAUCGGCUUGAUCUUUAUCUACGAAGGUGGAAAUAAACUAUACGAGUUAGCAGGGAAAUACCCAGUACCGAAUGAUCACGUGGUUGAGCAAUCAUGUGAAUGUAUAAAAUCAAGGAGGAUUUUCAAUAAUAUAACAAAAAUCUUAACAACGGAGUACUAUUCCACGAACAAAACAAUUUAUGACUGCGAUCCAAAUAACCAAGAGAUAAUCCAAGGAAAUGGUUGCGGUGGUGCUAUAUUUCUUUUAUCGACAAUUCUCACCCUGGGGACGUUUUUCUUGGUGCUUAAAUUAAAGAGCUUUAAAACUUCACGGUUUUUUCCAACCAAGGUGCGCAAGGUGGUGUCUGACUUUGCUGUAAUCAUAUCUGUUAUUGUAAUGGUUGGAGUCGACGCUGCACUCAAAGUCAGCACACCCAAGUUAAACAUUCCUACAAACUUUCAACCAACAAAUGCUGAUGCUCGUGGCUGGCUUAUCGCACCUCUUGGUAAGAACCCAUGGUGGACUCUGAUUGCAGCAUCUAUUCCAGCACUGCUGACAACAAUAUUAGUAUUCAUGGAUCAACAGAUCACUGCAGUUAUUGUGAAUAAAAGAGAGCAUAAAUUGAAGAAAGGUGCUGGAUAUCAUUUGGAUCUCACAGUCGUUGCUAUUGGAAUCGGCAUUUGCUCCAUUCUAGGCCUACCAUGGGUCGUUGCUGCCACUGUGCUCUCACUGGCUCAUGUCCAAAGUCUGUUUGUUGAAUCCACAUGCACAGCACCUGGAGAAAGGCCGAAGUUUCUGGGAGUUAGAGAACAACGCGUUACUGGAACACUUGUUUUCCUUAUGGUUGGUCUGACUGUGUUUUUAGGGAAAUUUUUGAAGUACAUUCCAAUGCCAGUAUUAUACGGAUUAUUUAUUUAUAUGGGAGUCUCAGCUCUGAAAGGUGUUCAGUUUUUCGAGAGGAUGAAAAUACUGUUUAUGCCGAUUAAACAUCAACCAGACAGAGUGUAUCUACGAAAAGUUCGCAUCAGUCGGAUUCACAUUUUUACUGGAAUCCAAAUGACGUGUUUGAUAAUUCUAUGGGUAAUAAAGGCCACACCUGCUGCAAUUUCCUUCCCGUUAAUGGUGUUAGCUCUAGUGGCUGUUCGGAAGGUAAUGGACAAAAUAUUUACAAAACAAGAACUUGAAGUGCUGGACGAUGUUGUGCCAGAGUCUAUGAAGAGAAUAAUUGAAGAAGCUGAUGAAGUCGAUGAAGGUUCUUUGCAACUUGUAAAGGAAUCCCCAGCAAAAUUGGUGCACAAUGAUAGUGGUAUCAACAUCAGUGAAGAGCUGAAAAAUUGCACCAUAUGGAAAGUGAUGGAGGGCAACCAACAAACUGACGAAGCCAGCGACGAGCCCCGUGAACAUAAAACACCCAAACGUAAACAUAAACAUAAAAACAGACAUAAACAUAAACAUCGUCAUCGUCGCGGAAACGACUACGGCUAUGAACGGAAACUCUCGACUGUUACAGAUAAGCCGGAUUUGGAAAUCUUGGCAAACGAAGAAGAUGAGGAUUCACCAGCAAUCCCACUCGUGACCCUUACGACCUUUGACGAACACGACGCGAAGAAAGACCCGACAACUGAAAGCGACAACACAAAUGGAAAAGCCAUUGUUUACGGCUAACCAUUCUAAACUCGAUACGUUUUCGAAGGAAUCUUCUAUUACACAAGAAUUUUGCGAAAACCAGUUGGCCGAGUCGAAUAAUGAUGAUAAAAAGUAUGGAAACUUGAACUGUAUUGCAAAAUCCUGACCAGUAUAAUUUUUCACUGACACAAUUUUCAUGGCCAGAAAUUUGGCGCUAGAGUUGUAAAAAAAGCUGCGGGUACGUGGGUACCACCCGG